GUGCGCGCCCUCUCCGUCAGCGCCGUGGCACGCGCCGAGCCCGACGGCCGCGAGCCCAAGGACCCGCAGCUCGGCGACUACCCCGACCUGCCGUACCAGAGCCUGCAGCGCCGCCGCUACGACCCCAGCUGGUGGGACCCGCAGGAGAAGCGCAACUUCGGCGAGACGCUGCACGAGCAGGAUGAUGUGCUCGGCGUGUGGGCGCCCGACGUCCACGACGUGCCGCCGGCGUCCGCCGUGCGCCAGUUCGGCCUUGCCGCACUCAUCGCUGCGGCAUUCGCCGGCGUCGUGUACAUGAGCGUGCCGGACCGUCCGGCUGCGCUGCGCUCGUACCCGCGGGGCGGUCUGGCGAAGGAGCUGGGCAGCGAGCUGGUUGCU